UCUCCUUUCUUAUCUCUGUGGGAGGUCAAAGAGAGGCGCGUCCGGAAGUGACGCAGGCACGGUUCAGGAAGCAGGAGCGUCAGGAGCUGCCUGAGAGGAGGAGAAGAUGGCCAAGGUCACCUUUAAGGUCACGCUCACCUCAGACCCGCGGCUGCCUUACAAAGUACUGAGUGUGCCUGAAAGUACACCAUUUACUGCUGUCUUGAAGUUUGCUGCAGAAGAAUUCAAAGUGCCUGCAGCAACAAGUGCCAUCAUAACAAAUGAUGGAAUAGGGAUAAACCCUGCACAGACAGCUGGAAACGUCUUCCUUAAGCAUGGCUCAGAAUUACGGCUUAUUCCCAGAGAUCGUGUUGGGAAAUGUUAACAUGUGUACUUACUAGAUAAGGUAAAUAACCUGCAAAAAGGAUCCGUAAGCAUAUUCACUUAGGAAUUAACCUACUAUAUUAUAAUGCAAAAUACAUUGUAUUUCCCUGUGAAAUCAUCGUGCACCAGCUGUCAACUCCUGCCAAGAAAAGAGUGGCCUCAGAGGUUGGAUGGACUGCUUAGAAUUGAAUGACCCACUGAAAUUUUACUGAAAGACUCCUAUAGAGAAUCGUCUUACAGAGUGGCUGGAUUUUCUUCUGAGGAAACAACUUCUUCUAAAUCGAAGCUUAUUUCUAGUAUAUGAAUGUCUUUGACUUGAUCCAACGGUUCCUUGCAAGUGUGAAGGACCAGUUUUCAUCAAAAGCUACCCCAUUCACUAGGAUUGAGCAGACACUGUCACGUGCAGUGGAAAUAAAUCUCCAUUGAAGUAAACUGGGAAGUCUACUCCUGGGAUCUUCCCAUAUGCACUCUGAGGAGGUUGGAGCCUGGCAGCUGCCAUUCACAGCCAUAGCAGAUUGUUUGGAUGUGUUGAUGUGAUCAUGUGUGUUAAGACCUAGUAACAUUAAAUACCUGGUCAUAAGGAGCCCAACUGAGUAAUAUCACUAUUAAUUAAAUAACAAAAUGGGAGAUGCUCCAGUGUUUGUUUCAGUUACGGAAGCUAGUUUGCACUUGUAUCAGGAAUUCCAGCUCUCAUUUUUCAUUCCAUUAAAAGAAAUCAUUUAAAGGCUUUGGUUGCUGUUUGGGGGCAGAAAUGUUCGUAGCGUUUGUAUGAUUUAAUUGUGCCAGCCUCCGUCUGUUUGUUUUCUUCAGAAUGGCUUUGUCUAGCUUCAAGAUGGCUCAUUUUACCCCAGAUGGAUAAUAAAUUAUACUUUAUAUCAUUAACUUGCCAGGCCUUUGCAUAUCAACAGAAGAACCUUGAACCUGGCUCACUAGCAUAUUGCCUUGUUGAGUCCGAAACCAGGGAUACCUCUACUUAUGUUUUCAGAAGUGGGGUUGCAAAUCCCUGAGCUCGUUUGCCAAGUUAGUCCCACAUCCAAGCCUUUCUGCUGCUACUGUCCAUCCUCGGACAAAUGAGGUGUCAGUGAACAGACUGGCAAAAGAUAUUUUCCUGCAGUGGGGAGGGUAACUUAUUUUGCAUAGGCCUGGCUAGUGGAACAAGUGGAAGGGGGAACACAUCCAAGGACUCCCUCCCCUGCAGAAAAGGAAGCUCCACAGAAUGUUUAAUGUCACAUUUCUAAUUGUGGAAGAUGAAUAAAAAGCACCUAUUUGUA